AUUCCUCUACUACUAACAACAAUGAUUUUCCAACAAUAUUUACUAUUUUGCUUUUAUCUAACUGCUAUUUCCGGUGCUGCUUUAGUUGCAGAUAGCGAACACGCUGAUGUGGGACCACAAGAUCUCGCUUCUUCAGUAACUCGUUAUGAUCCAGUUUCCGCCAUUCUGCCACUCCCAGUUGCUUCCUCAACCUCAGCUAUACCGACUACUGAAAGUACUGAUUCAUCUGGCAAGGCUGUUUCUUCUGCUAGUAUCCUGAUUUAUUCCCAAACAAUCAUACUAUGUUGCUUAAUCUCAACUUGCAUGGUAUUAUAAGGUUCAUUGAACUUCUAGAAAGUUUUAUUAUCCAAAUAAAUAUCUAGAAAUAGAAUUCAUCAUAUAAUCUUAAAUGGUCAGGUACUAUACUUGGUUUUCAAUUCAAAAUGAGUAUAUUCUACUCAAUUAUAUAGUAUAUAAUUUUAAAUGAAUGUAUUGAUUGAUUC